CAAGGAUGCAGCAGUGCACUGUCCAUGGAGUACCGAGUACUGAACACUGCGGGGACGCAGCAGUGCACUGCCCGUGGAGUACCGAGUACUGAACACUGCGGAGACGCAGCAGUGCACUGCCCGUGGAGUACCGAGUACUGAACACUGCGGAGACGCAGCAGUGUACUGCCCGUGGAGUACCGAGUACUGAACACUGCGGAGACGCAGCAGUGUACUGCCCGUGGAGUACCGAGUACUGAACACUGCGGGGACGCAGCAGGCCAUCUGACUGAAGAGUCGAGGCGACGGGACGCGGAGACAGGGAGUCAGGGACCGACCUCAACAGCUUCUCUAGGACCAGUCAGGACUUCCGCCAGCGCGGACGCCAAAAGGCUAGUUCCGCCCUGGUUCCUGUUACUAUGGCAGUGACAGCAGGGGCGACAGCCACCUUUCCUAUGAGCAACCAUACCCGGGAAAGAGUGACCGUGGCCAAGCUCACAUUGGAGAAUUUUUACAGCAACCUGAUUCUGCAGCAUGAAGAAAGAGAGACCAGGCAGAAGAAAUUGGAAGUGGCCAUGGAAGAAGAAGGGCUGGCAGAUGAGGAGAAAAAGCUACGCAGAUCACAGCAUGCUCGCAAAGAAACAGAGUUCUUACGGCUGAAAAGGACGCGACUUGGCCUGGAUGACUUUGAGUCUCUGAAAGUUAUAGGAAGAGGGGCCUUCGGAGAGGUGCGUCUGGUCCAGAAGAAAGACACCGGGCAUAUCUAUGCCAUGAAGAUCCUGCGAAAAGCUGACAUGCUUGAAAAGGAGCAGGUGGCUCACAUCCGAGCAGAGAGAGACAUCUUGGUGGAGGCGGACGGCGCCUGGGUGGUGAAGAUGUUCUAUAGUUUUCAGGAUAAGAGGAACUUGUAUCUAAUCAUGGAGUUUCUCCCUGGAGGUGACAUGAUGACCCUGUUAAUGAAGAAGGACACCUUGACAGAAGAGGAAACACAGUUCUACAUUUCUGAGACUGUUCUGGCAAUAGAUGCAAUCCAUCAGCUGGGCUUCAUCCACCGGGACAUCAAGCCCGACAACCUCUUAUUGGAUGCCAAGGGACAUGUAAAAUUAUCUGACUUCGGUUUAUGCACGGGGUUAAAGAAAGCUCACAGGACUGAAUUCUAUAGAAACCUCACACACAACCCACCAAGCGACUUCUCGUUUCAGAACAUGAACUCGAAGAGGAAAGCAGAGACGUGGAAGAAGAACAGGCGGCAACUGGCAUAUUCUACCGUCGGGACCCCAGACUACAUCGCUCCAGAAGUGUUCAUGCAGACCGGUUACAGCAAGUCGUGUGACUGGUGGUCACUGGGAGUGAUCAUGUAUGAAAUGCUCAUAGGCUAUCCACCUUUCUGCUCUGAAACACCUCAAGAGACAUACAGAAAAGUUAUGAACUGGAAGGAGACACUAGUAUUUCCUCCAGAAGUACCUAUCUCUGAGAAAGCCAAGGACUUAAUUCUCAGAUUCUGUACUGACUCUGAAAAUAGAAUUGGGAAUGGUGGUGUGGAAGAGAUCAAAGAUCAUCCCUUCUUUGAGGGUGUGGACUGGGGGCAUGUCAGGGAGAGGCCGGCUGCCAUCCCCAUAGAGAUCAAGAGCAUUGAUGACACCUCAAAUUUCGACGACUUCCCUGAGUCUGACAUCUUACAGCCAGUGCCAAAUGCCACAGAACCAGACUACAAAUCCAAAGACUGGGUUUUCCUCAAUUACACGUACAAAAGGUUUGAAGGGCUGACUCAGCGUGGCACCAUCCCCACCUACAUGAAAGCUGGGAAGUUAUGAAUGAGAUUCAUGGUUGCCCACAACCAAGAGAACUCAGGUAGCCAUAUCCUAGGCUGGCUUGGCGUUGUACUGGACACUCAGACAUUCCCCAGACGGUGGUGCUUACAGACUGCAGAGGACGUUCUGCAGGGUUGGAAUUUCUGAGACUACAGAAGUGGUUGGCAGUGCCAGCUGGCUUUUUUCAUAUUUUAUUUUGUUAACUUUAUCAUAAUGAAGGUACAGGAAUAAACAGAACGGAUGUUCCUUUCUACCUGCUCUGCCUACAUGUGUGCUGUGCUUUGAACCAUAACCCUCUAACCCAGCCAGAAGAACCACAUAUCACUGGCACCGUGGGCCAGCCUGAAGUGACCUGCUGUGUUGCUGCUUCACUACAAAGCCCCCUGGGUCUAGAUCUGUCAAAGCCAUCUUCCGUAGUCACUGUUAGCGCAUUCACAAUAUCGGUUUGGACAUCUGUAGACUAUAUGUAAAGCCAGUUUCCAUAAUGGUUCUAAGAAUUUAGAAAUAACGCUGACUUUGACUUUAACAAUGCAUAUGUCAUCAGGUUACCCCAUCGUAAGGAGGGACAAGCUUCUCAGGACGAGCAAGUUCAAUGCCUUCGUUCAAGCACCCUCCAAGACUACUCACUGCACUGAGAAAUACUGAUGACCUUUAUUUAUAUACGCAUUCUGUAAUGCUUAGGGAGAUGUACUGUAUUAGAUCAAGUGUAAAGUUGCUUUUCUUGUGACAAGAGGACUUCUUUUUAACAAGAAGACAUGGCACUACUUUAAUUUGAUUAUUGUGAGUUGAAUCUCAGAAAUGACCAUGGAAGCUGCUUGUAGAACCUGGUGUAUUUUUAUUAAACUACUUUUUUAAAUGUCA